AUGACAUCGUCGUUCGCGUGGUUAUCGAGGCAGUCGCCGCAGCUGCCCGAGCCGAGAGGGGAUCACGCGGCGCGGAGCGACCCGGAACUGCCAGGGCUCUGCCGCAGUGGCACGGGGUCCCCCCGCGACCCCGGGAGCCCCGCACGGGGACUCCGAAGCUCGCGCUGCUGCUGGGCGCAGAAGAUGGCCGAAGCGCCCGAGACGGAAGGGCUCGUGGAACGGCCGAGCAGCUCGGGGUCCACGAACGGGGCCCCCGUCGACAGUCCCGGGGGCUCGCGGGCGAGGCCCCACGGCCCGAGGCCUCCUCUGGACGACGGCGACGUCGUCGUCACUCCGUCCAAGCGCAACCCCGACGGCCGCUUCGUCAACCCGUGGUCCACGUGGAGAAAGCCAGACAAGAAACAGGCCCUCAAGUGGAUGCUGACGGAGAAGGACUUCAGCAAGGUGCCGGCAGCCGAGGAGCUGCAGCGUACGCUGCCGGUACACAAGCCGUACUUCGUGGAGGGCGCCGGUGGCAGCGGCGGCGGCUCUCCUCCUGAGAGCGUGCGGGUCACGUGGCUGGGCCACGCGUGCGUGCUGGUGGAGCUGGAAGGUUUCUCCUUCCUCACGGACCCCGUGUUCAGCGAGCGCGCCUCGCCCGUCGGAUUUGCGGGGCCGCGCCGCUACCGCCCGGCGCCGUGCACCGUCGCCCAGCUGCCCGAGGGCCUGGACGCCGUGCUCAUCAGCCACAACCACUACGACCACCUCGACCACAACUCCGUCGUGCAGCUCAACCGGCGCUACGGCACUCGCCUCUCCUGGUUCGUACCGCUGGGCCUGGCCGGAUGGAUGCAGGACACCGGCUGCGAGAACGUCCACGAGCUGGACUGGUGGAGCGAGCGGAGCGCCGGCUUGCGGAGCAACAUCACGGUGGCCUUCACGCCGGCGCAGCACUGGUGCAAGCGGGGCGCGUUCGACGACAACAAAGUGCUGUGGGGCAGCUGGUGCGUGCUGGGCACUGGCGCGCGGUUCUACUUUGCGGGCGACACGGGCUACUGCAACGUGUUCCAGCAGAUCGGCCGGCGCUACGGUCCCUUCACGCUGGCGGCCAUACCAAUCGGAGCCUAUGCGCCCAGCUGGUUCAUGUCCAGCCAACACGUGGACCCAGAGUCGGCGGUGAAGAUCCACGUGGACGUGAGAGCUGGUUACUCCGUGGGCAUUCACUGGGGAACCUUCAGCCUGGCCAAUGAGUUUUACCUGGAGCCGCCGCAGAAGCUGGCGGAGGCCCUGAGCGCGGGAGGCCACAAGCCGGACGUGUUCUUCGUACUCCAGCACGGCGAGACGCGGGACGUGGGGUCCGGGGGGUGUCGGCCGUUCCCUCGCUAGGCCUACCGCGUCACGGGCAGCACGGACCAACCCGCCUCUCUCCUGGCAGCCUCUCUCAUGCUCUAAGUUGGAGUCUUCGCGUGCCAAGUGGCGACUUUGGCCGGGGAAGAUGCACUUUACUCUCAGAGAUGGUGGUGGAAUGAUAGAUGCUAAUUUAUCACAUGAUUGUGUUUCUAUACCUGUGGUUACCCCCCCCCCUCAGCCUGACUCCAUGCUCUGUGCUGACGAGCAAGGCUGGGCGAGGCGUUAUUUAACAAUUUACUUGCAAGGCAGCGACACGGCCGAAUGAGUUCGCACACUCCACCAGCUGCUGCUCCCAACUCCCUCGCCCGCCAGUGCCGCACGGAGAGAACAGCGCAGCGGGCGUCUCGGGAAGAAGUGAGCCGGCCACGUAAUGUGUGCCGUGACAGGCUUGGCCGGACUCAGCGAGCAAAUAGUGAGCAACGGCCGAGCCCCAGGUUGACCUUACCCAAGAUGCUUUUAUAAUCUAUAAAGUGCAUUUUACACUUUUCGUUUUAUAAACGUAAAGAAAAUAAAAACCAAAGUGUGCCUCGA